CAAUUAACAAACACUGUAAUCCAACCAAAAUAUCAAAACCAUGAUGUUUGGUGAAUCUCUUGUUUUGUGUUUCCUUUCACUUCUGUUAUUCUCUCCAUUUGCAACCUCAGAGGAAUGCAACCCACAAGACAAGAAGGCAUUGCUCCAAAUCAAGAAGCAUUUCAACACAUCUAAAACUCUUCAAAACAUAUGGAAUCCAAAAACAGAUUGUUGUAUCUGGGAUUGGAUCGAGUGCCACCCCAUAACCAACCGUGUCACCGGCCUCGUUAUGAAAUUCGACUUCGGCGCCCAAAGCACUGAUAUCGCAGGCCAUAUACCUUCUUCAGUUGCUCAACUCCCUUAUCUCGAGCACCUCGAAUUCAAUGGUUUUCCCAAACUCACCGGCACAAUCAACCCUGUUAUCUCCAAACUCAAGCAUCUCAAGUAUCUUGUCAUUUCUUCCACCGGUAUCUCUGGCACAAUCCCGUCUUUCGUGAGCCAAUUCAAAAACCUCGAACUUCUCGAUCUAUCCCGUAACAGUCUCACCGGAACCAUACCAAGUUCGCUUUCCCAGUUGCCUAAGAUCAAGUGGUUAUACUUGUACGGUAACAAGCUUACUGGCCAAAUUCCAAACACAUUUGGUUCGUUCAAGAAACCCGGGCCAGAUAUCUAUCUAGGAAACAACCGUCUUUCUGGCCGCAUUCCAACUUCAUUGGGCCAAUUAGAUCCGGAGUCGAUAGACUUAUCGGGGAACAAGCUGGAAGGUGAUGCUUCUUUUCUUUUCGGGAACAAGAAAAGGACACAGGUCAUUGACCUUUCGAGGAACUUGUUGUCGUUUGAUUUUUCAAAAGUGGAUCUUCCAAAGAAGAGUUUGACAUUUUUGCAUCUGGAGCAUAAUUAUAUUUAUGGGAAGAUUCCGCAGGUAUUGAACAAGGUGAACGCUUUGGAUCGGUUUAACGUGAGUUUUAAUUUGUUGUGUGGUGAGAUACCGCAGGGUGGGGAUUUGCAAAGGUUCGGUGUGAUUGCUUUUUAUCACAACAAGUGUUUGUGUGGGUCACCGCUUCCCAAAUGCAAGUGAUAAAGGAAGGAGGCUAUAGCCAUGUUAAAUUUGAAUGUCUUGUACCAUUUUGAAUUUGUAUGCAAUGUCCAAUGUUCAAUUGCUAAGUUAAGCUGCUGUUGUUGUACUUUUGUUUAAAUGUUUGUACUCCAAUUCUAAAG